ACAUAGCAUUAGAGACCCUAAUAAAAAACAUACAAAAGAUAUUGAACAUAUAUCACAAGAGUUAAUAGCUUUGUUUCCAGGUUUUGGGAAACCAAAAGCUCUUCCAUCAAACCAGGAAACUCACAGUCCAAAUGCAGAAACAAAGUAGGUUGGAGGGUAAGGUGGCUCUAAUCACGGGAGCAGCCAGUGGAAUCGGAGAAGAAACGGUGAGACUCUUCGCCGAAAACGGAGCCUAUAUCAUCGUCGCCGAUGUUCAAGACGAUCUCGGUCAUCAAGUCAUAGCUUCAAUAGGCUCCGAUAGAAUCACCUACCGUCACUGUGACGUGAGAGACGAGAAUCAGGUUGAAGAGACCGUCAAUUUCACCUUGGAAAAGCACGGCCGCAUCGAUAUCCUCUUCAGCAACGCCGGUAUACUUGGGUCCCUUUCCGGUAUCCUCGACCUUGAUCUCAAAGAUUUCGAUAACACCAUUGCCAUCAACGUUCGCGGAGUGGCGGCAACGAUAAAGCACGCGGCACGCGCCAUGGUUGCAAAGAAAAUCCGCGGCUCCAUCAUAUGCACGACGAGCGUGGCGGCCACGUUGGGCGGAACGGGUCCUCACAACUACACGACAUCGAAGCACGCGCUCUUGGGGCUCGUGAGAUCGACGUGCAGUGAACUUGGCGGUUAUGGAAUCAGAGUUAAUAGUGUUUCGCCUUACGGAGUUGCAACGCCACUUUCAUGUAAGCCGUUUAAUCUUGGUCCUGAUGAGGUAGAAGCUUCUACUUUGGAAUAUGGGAAUCUGAAAGGGGUGGUGUUGAAGGCUCGGCAUAUUGCGGAGGCGGCGUUGUACCUUGCUUCAGAUGAAUCUGGUUACGUGAGUGGGCAUAACUUGGUGGUUGAUGGUGGAUUCACGGUGGUUAAUGGCAGCUUCUCUGCAAGUUAUAAUUUGUUCACGAAUAGUUAGUUGUGGCUUCACGGUGGUUAACGAUGGCAUGUGUUUAAGCUUUCUUGUUCGCUGUAUCUUUUCAUCUGCAAAUCUUUAUCUCUUUGUCUCCUCCUCUUUCUUAUGAAUUCAUGUAUCUUCAUAUAUGCUUCAGGUAAUGAUUUUCAUAUCAUAGGUA